GCAAGGAGGCUGGAUGAUUACCCGCGAAGCCCUCGCUAUGAGGCCGAUCGGGGUAGAGGCGACUCCCGCGGCCGAUGGGAGACAGAUCAGGGCCGACGAGAUGGAUAUAGGAACGACAGAUACGAGAGAUCGGACCGAGAUGGAUAUAGGGACGACAGAUACGAGAGAUCGGACCGAGACGGAUAUAGGGAGAGGUCGGGUCGAGAUGGCUACAGAGGUGGUAGGUAUGAAAGAGGAGAUCGGGACUGGGAACGACGAGAUGGGUCGCGCGGACGGUUUGAGCGCGGGGGAGAUGCGAGAGAGCAGCGCGACGAGUCGCGCGGGUGGUACAACCGAGGGAACCGACGCGAUGAGUCACGAGGGCGAUAUAACUCGGGGGACCGCCGGAAUGAUUCGCGAGGGCGGUAUGAGCAAGGAGGUUCUGGAGGAGACGGCCGCAACGAUUCGCGUGGUCGGAAUGAGAGAGGGGGAUAUGGCAGGAGAAGAUCAUAUCAAGAGGGAUUGCCCGGACCUCAAACGGGCAAUAGAUGAGGGACUUGUCGUGCUUGACGACCGCAAGUACGUCAAGUGGGCAGAUGGUCUGGGAGAUGUAUCGAUGUUCCCUUCGAUGAAGGAGAAUGUCGAAGCAAGGAGAGUAAAGCCGAGUAAAGAAAAGGAGUUGAUAAGGAGCCAGAGCAUCAAGAUAACCUUUGAGGGGGAUAUAGCGACCACACCCAUAAGGGUGGCAGCCACCAAGUCGUUGAAAGGGUCUACAUCAAAGAAAACUGACACGGAUUACGUGAUGGCGAAGAAGGACGGGCAGCGGCUCGAUGGAGAGGAGGUUAUCCUUUCGCCGCGAAAGAGGGGAGUGAAGAAGUUCUUAAUGAAGAGUUCGCUGGACGAGAUUGACACGGUCGAGCCACUGAGGCGGGCCCUUCGGCAACCCAUGCAGUGCUCUAUUCUGGAGUACCUGGCGGCAUCGAAGCCGGCUCGUGAUGAGUUACAGAUGAUCACGCGAAAGACUCGCAUACCUCUAUCGGAGGAGGGGCAGAAGCUUCUACAUGAGGCUGUCAUCAUAGACGAGGACCUGGCAGUACAGGUUGGACUGGGCCUCGAUAGGUCAUACCUAUUCGAGAUAGAGACGGCUGAUGGAAGAAAGCAACAGAUCACUGAGGUUUGUCACAAGGCAGCCAUAGAGGUCCAAGGGGUACGAGUGACCCUGCCUGUCUUUGCAGUCAAGAACUACAGCUCCGACCUGCUCUUGUGUCGAACGUGGCUGAGCCACGUGCAUGCGGUGACGAUAGAGCGACCUGAUGGGAGCCAAACAUUGUCCAUUAGGAAGCCAGACGGGACGCGGGUAAUGAUUGAGACAGUGGAGCCUCGGGACCCGAGGAACAGAGCAGCUCUCGCUGUGGGUGCGAGACCCAGUGAUCAGAUUAAGUCGUUACCUAUCUCCUGCCGCGCGGUGCGAUUUCGCGAGAAGAAAUAUGGACCACUGCUCACAGAGGAAGAAGGUCGGAUCGUGGAGCCGAAUGGCAAGAUCCGAUGGAUCCAGGACCUUCAGAAGGUCAACGCGGUGACGAUACGAGACGUGGGCUCCGUGCCACACGCCGAUUUACUGGCAGAAGGCGCCACAGGUAGGUCGAUUUAUUCGGUCUAUGAUCUGUUCUCAGGUUAUGAUGAGGUACCGCUUGACCCUAGAGACAGGCACCUCACGGCUAUGCAUAUGCCAUUGGGACUAAUACAGAUGAUGGUUCUCCCUAUGGGUUGGACUAAUGGGGUAGCCGUUUUUCAGAGAGCCAUGGUAGCCGUCCUCAAGGACUUCAUCCCUGAUAAGGUUGAAGUUUUUCUGGAUGACUUUCCUGUAAAAGGGCCAGUAAACAAGGAUGAGGCAGAGGUUGCACCUGGAGUUAGAAGAUUCGUCGAGCAGCACCUAACGGAUAUUUGUGCGGUACUCGAGCAGCUGGACGAAGCGAAUCUAACAGUCAGCGGAACAAAGAGCCGAUGGGCCGUCUCGACUAUUAAGAUCUUGGGCUUUAUCUGUGACUCGAGGGGACGCCAAGCAGAUCCGACAAAGUUAGACAAACUCCUGAACUGGCCGUCACCAUUACAUAGUCCAACCGAGGUCCGGCAGUUUCUGGGAGUGGUCGGUUACUGGCGUAUAUUCAUACGAGGGUAUGCAGAGAAGGCUGAGCCAUUGAGACUACUCCUUCGAAAAACUGAGAAAUUCUACUGGGAUUCAUCGCAGGAACUCGCUAUGCAAGAGCUUAAAGAUGAAUUUAAGGAGGGAGGACGCAUACUGGGCGUGUCGUUCUUUGAUGAUGAGGCUGGGAGACCCUUCAUAGUAGCCACGGAUGCUGGACCUUGUUCGGUACCGGACAUGUUUGAGGAUCGGCUUGAGCCGGAAUCGGCGUACUCCAGGUACGCCGCCGCCACGACGGCUUAUUUCAGGUUCUGCGGCUUCGGGACGAUUUAUUUUCAAGUCUGGAGACUGCCGCAGUGGUCUGUCUCAGGCCCAGAACCUGGACGGCAGGUUAUUCCAGGUUCGGUGCUAUCACAGGCGAACGUGUUUGCGUUCGCCUCUGAACGCGAACACGGUGCUACGUAGGACAACCCCUGUUCUGCAAUCCCUGGAUCAAAGACACAGAGGGCAGACUGUGGACUCUCCGGGCCAAAGACCGCAGAUGGCUGUCAUGGGUGGAGAGAGGAGUAUGGCAGGUAAAACAUCUGUGGUCCGAAGACCGACAAGAAUGGCUCACCACACAGGACCUUCGCACUCACUUAAAAGGUUGCCAUCUAAUGACCACCAACCUGUCAGAAAUCCUCCAAAGCAUUCCCCCCCCAUGGACGACCCUCCUAAAAGAGGCAUACGUGGAAACCAGGAGACUGGGGACUGCCCACCACACAGACCCCACCGACAAAAGCCUACCUUUUUGUGUCAAAACCGGACUCAACGAACUACCAGGCCAAGUUCGUAUCCUACCUCAUCAUCAAACACGGCCUAUAUGAAGUAGAGAUCCUAAACAAACACCACAGCACGAA